AUGUCAUUCGUACGAUACAUCGACGAUAACCCAGACGCGUUGCAGGAGCAGACGCUGCAAACCUUGUAUCCCGGAACGACCACCGGGAAGUCUCUGACUUCCGUUGUACCACCCCAAAACGCGAUCGCUUUUGUGAGGAAGCUCGCGAGCGGCGCGAAGGCCGUGGCGAACGCGAGUGCAUGCGGAAGUGUUCUCGCGGGUCAGACGAGCGAAUCGGAUGAGCAUGAGGAUGUUGGUGUCUGGCUCGCGCCGGGCGAGUACGGUGCCGGUCAUGAGCGAGACGCGAUUGAGGCGCUCGGCUUCAAGAUCUGGCGCAAUAAAAAGGUCUCCCCGUUGAAGUUGGACGCUACGACGCACCUGCCAGAAACGUUCAGGCCAGCAGGUGCCACUGAUGAUCAGGCUGCAUUCAGUGCAUUGCUCGCCGAGCUACGCGACUUGACGUUCUUCGCCGUAGAGGGUGGUCCCGGAAGCUCGACUGCGUACGUCUUGCUGGGGCGUAUGGAUAAUGAUGACGGGUGGGCUGGGCUAAUCGGUGUCGGGAUUUCAUCGUGA